AUGCGGGCCAUCGACGAGCACGUGGACACGCGACGCAAGCGGCGCCGCGAGGAGGCUCAGGUGGAGGCGAUGAAGAAGGAGCGGGAGGAACGCCCCAAGAUCAGCGACCAGUUUGCGGACCUCAAGGGACACUUGGCAGGGGUUUCCCAGUCUGAGUGGGAGGCGAUCCCCGACGUGGGGGACUACAGCCUCAAGUACAAGCAGAGCAAGCGCCGCGAGAUUUUCACGCCCAUGCCGGACCACGUGAUCGAGGGGGCACGCAACGACGGGGCUGUUGUAGGGACGAUGGACCCAGCUCUCGGCGGUGCUACCCCCGGCACGUCCACGACUAACAUCUCCAGCCUGGGACAUGCGCGAGGGACGGUGCUGGGGCUGAAGCUGGACAAGAUGAGCGACAGCGUCACUGGACAGACGGCCGUCAACCCCAAGGGUUACCUGACGGACCUCAACUCCUUGAAGAUUAGCAGCGAUGCCGAAGUUGGGGACAUCGAAAAGGCGAGGCUUCUACUUAAGAGCGUUACGUCCACCAACCCCAAGCACGGGCCCGGUUGGAUCGCGGCCGCGCGCGUGGAAGAGUUUGCCGGCAAGAUCGUCCAGGCCCGCAAGACGAUCAAGGCGGGUUGCGAGGCGUGUCCCGACAACGAGGACGUCUGGCUGGAGGGCGCCCGGCUGCAGACGCCGGAGAACGCGAAGACCGUUCUGGCGAACGCCAUCAGGAACCUUCCCACGAGCGUCAAGAUCUGGCUCAGGGCGGCGGAGCUAGAGACGACUAACGCAUCCAAGAAGGUGGUUCUUCGGCGAGCGCUGGAGUUCGUGCCCAACUCCGUGAAGCUCUGGAAGACGGCGAUCGAGCUCGAGGGGGUGGAGGACGCCCUGAUCAUGCUCGGGAGGGCGGUGGAGUGCGUGCCGCACAGCGUGGACAUGUGGCUCGCGCUGGCCCGCCUCGAGACAUACGAGAACGCGCAGAAGGUUCUCAACAGGGCCCGAGAGGCGAUUCCUACGGAACCGGCGAUCUGGAUUACCGCGAGCAAGCUGGAGGAGGCCCAGGGGAAGCCGCACAUGGUGGACAAGAUCAUCGAGAUGGCGAUCUCGUCCUUGAGACAGUUCCAGGUGGUGAUCGACCGAGAGCAGUGGAUCAAGGAAGCCGAGGAGGCAGAGCAAGCGGAUGCCCCCCUCACGUGCGGCGCGAUCGUCCGCGCCACCGUGCACAUCGGGGUGGAAGAGGAAGACAGGAAACGGACCUGGAUGGAUGAUGCGGAAAACUCCCUUAACCGCGGAGGUGUGGAGACGGCGCGGGCGAUCUACGCCCAUGCCUUGGGCCACUUCAGGUCCAAGAAGGGCGUGUGGAUGCGGGCCUGCGCGCUGGAGAAGAAGCACGGCACGGCAGAGUCGUUGGAGCAGAUGUUGAAGAAGGCCGUGACUCACUGUCCGCGUGCGGAGAUGCUGUGGCUCAUGGCGGCGAAGGAGAAGUGGCUCAGCAACGACGUCGACGGGGCGAGGACCAUCCUCAAGGAGGCUUUCCUUGCAAACCCUGACAGCGAGCAGGUGUGGCUGGCUGCGGUGAAGCUGGAGUGGGAGAACAACGCCUUCGAGCGAGCCCGCAUCCUGCUCAAGAAGGCGUGCGACCGCGCCCCCACGGCGCUAGUGUGGAUGAAAGCCGCCCUGCUAGAGAGAGAGCUCAAGGCGCCCGAGGCGGCGCUUAAGCUAAUUGACACAGCGCUGCCGUCCUACCCCACUUUCGCCAAGCUCUACAUGAUGGCGGGACAGCUAUGCUCGGAGGAACUCAACUUGCCGGAACGCGCUCGAGAGUACUACCAAAGGGGGCUCCGUGCAUGCCCUGGGUCUAUCCCCUUGUGGCGGCUCGCGGCACGUCUGGAAGAGCGCACAGUGGGGGUUAACAAGGCGAGGCCCAUGCUUGAGGUGGCAAGGUUGAGAAACCCGAAGAGCGAGGGUCUAUGGUUGGAGGCGGUGCGGCUGGAGAGGCGAGCGGGGAACAACAAGGGCGCCGAUAGCCUCAUGGCCAAGGCGCUGCAGGAGUGUCCCGGGUCCGGCGUGCUUUGGGCGGAGGAGAUCUUGGUGGCACAACGAGCCGAGCAGAAAAGCAAGUCCCUGGAGGCGCUCAAGCGAUGCGACAACGACCCGCACGUCAUCACCGCCGUGGCCAGGCGCUUCUGGGCGGACCGCAAAUACGCCAAGGCCCGCAAGUGGUUCAACCGCGCUAUCACCCUGGACCCCAACAUGGGGGAUGCGUGGGCGGCGUACUACGCGUUCGAGCUACAGCAGGGGACCGAGGUUGAGCAGAAGGACGUUCUUGACAGGUGUGUUGCGGCCGAGCCUGCCCAUGGGGAGCUGUGGACGUCCGUAUCCAAGACCACCGAGAACAGGCGGCUCGACAAGGCCAGCAUCCUCAAGAAGGUCGUGGCCGCAUACUUUUCCGACGGCGCUGUGGUGGUCAUUCCGGGAGGUCCAACAAGCACCAGCUAGAUCAUAAAGCGACGGCAUCGGCUUUUCGUUAACAACAGGCGGCUGGACAAGGCCAGCAUCUUCAAGGAGGUCGUAGCCGCCUACUUUCCCGGCGGCGCCGUGGUGGUCGUGGUUCCGGGCGGCCCAACAAGCACCGGUUACUGUAGAUAAGAAAGACAACAGACGAUGAAAUUGACAAUUUUUCCAACAUGAGAGAGAGAGAGAGAGAGAGAGAGAGAGAGAGAGAGAG